GAAACACCACAGCAACAAGGACACUUUGAUCUUGUUUCUUCCAUCUCUGCUGGACUCUGAUGUCGUUCUUAAUCUCUAGUUGUCAUCAAGCGGUUUUUUACGUCUGACAUUUUCCGUUUUAGUCACUUGAGGCUGGUCCUGAGGCGACGACACUACAUUCAACACGAGUCCACAAGAAGGACUGGCAGCAGCAGAUCAACAACUGAGGUCAAUCUCCAUCACCAAAUUCCGUCAGAUAAGUUAGUCUUUAACGUUACCAAAAAUGGUCAGUCGACGAUCACCACCAGGGAACAAACCUCUCGAAGGCUCGACACCACCAUCUUCAGUCAUCUCAUCACGACCUAAACCAUGGUAUCGUCAUGUCAACCUCGACCUUCUCAUUCUCAUUCUGGUCAAUUCCAUCUUCCACCCGUAUAUCAUGUUCAUCUUCUAUCUCUCCCAGGCAGCUUUGCAUCUCCACAAACAACCCUUGGCAUAUUACACCUUGUGCUACACAGCGGUGCUGGCUGUGGUCGAGGUGACUAUUCACGUUAACCAUCGCUAUACGUACGGCAAGCACCGGAAGGUGGAUUGGGAGAAGGAAGUGGUGGUGAUUACGGGCGGUGGAAGUGGGCUAGGUCGGGUCCUGGCUGAGAUGAUGGUUAGAAAGGGAGCUAGGGUUGCGAUUCUGGACGUCAAGGCUGCGGAUGAGGAGGCUCAGGAUGCUAUGGAGAGGUGGGAUUUGAUCUGGGAGACUUGUGAUGUUGGGAAUCAAGUCGAUGUUCAGAGAGCGGUUGCGACGAUCGUUGAUGAGCUCGGAUCUCCCACGAUCUUGAUCAACAACGCCGCUACAGCAAUCACUGGUCGUCGAAUUCUGGCCACUCCAGGUCAACCCAUGGUUCUAACCCCCGAGCAAGCCAGCAAGACGCUCAAGACCAAUGCUCUCUCCCAGUUCAAUACUCUAUCUGCUCUUCUUCCACAUCUGGUCGCAUCACCUGUCGGUGCACAUGUUGUCACCAUCUCCUCAAUCCUCUCACACCUAUCGCCAGCCUCGUUGGCCGACUACUCUGCUUCCAAGACCGCCAUCUCCUCUCUUCACCAUACAUUGCGUCACGAACUCAGCUCUCAUCCAGAACCGUCGGUUUUUCACAAGGUCAAGACCCUGCUGGUCGAGACUGGGCAAUUGGACACUGGUCUGUUUGCGGAAAAGACCAGUCUGCCCUUCUACGCCGAAUUCUUUGGUCCUGUGCUGGAAGCGAGCAAGGUGGCCAAGGAUAUUGUCAAAGCCAUUGAGAGAGGUGAUGGUGGGGUCAUUCGAAUGCCGUUUUAUGCCAAAGUCAUGCCUCUUUAUCCGAUAUUGCCGGGGAUGGUGCAGAACUUGAUCCGAUGGUUCAGUGGGAUUGAUCGAGCUAUUGGAAGAGGUGACAAUUGAGUAUGAGGAUGUUUGUUGUUCAGACUCGGCCGGAGGUGGUUGGGUUGUGUAUAUGUGCGUGGAGGAAAGAUACCCUACCACCAUUCCAGUCCAAAGACAAUGGACGGACAUGGUGAAUUCUCA